AUGAACACUGUUCAAGAUCCAGAUAUCGUUGCCUUGUACAGAAAAAUACACGAAAAUCCAAAAUACUUGGAUGUCCCCAAUGAGAUGACUUUUGUGGAGUCACCUCUUCAUACUGCUGCUUCAGAAGGCCGUACCGGCCUUGCCCUUGAAAUCUUGAGGCUAAAGCCUUCGCUGGGGAAGAAAUUGAACCUUGAUGGUCUUAGUCCACUGCACCUGGCUUUGGGUAAUGGACACACCAACACUGUGAAACGACUCGUCAAGCAUGAUCCGGACCUCAUUCGUGUCCCAGGGAGGGAAGGGAUCACUCUUUUGCAUUACACGGUGGAAAAAGAGGAAAUUGAUCUUUUGAUUUAUUUUCUUCUCUUAUGUCCACUCUCAAUAUUUGACUUGACUGUUCGAGAUGAGACUGUUGUGCAUAUUGCUGUAAGAAACGAAAACUUAAGAGCUUUUAAGGUUUUGUUUGGUUGGGCCAGGAAGACCAAUAAUACGACGGUGUUUCGCUGGAGAAACGGUGAAGGCAAUAACUUGAUGCAUCUUGCAGCAUUAACAAACCAACCAACGGUUUUGAAGUCAUUAAUCAAGUAUGUGCAUGUGAAUAAGAAGAACUUAGGAGGUAAGACAGCGCUGGAUAUCCUAAAACCUGAACAUGUAGAAGCAAGGAAAAUUUUAAUAAGCGCAGGAGCUAAACAAGGUUCAUCACUUGUCCACGAUGCGACCAGUUGUGAAAAUUAUUUGAAGUCAGUUGGAACGACGGAAGAUUUUUUUAUCAAAUUUGGUGCUUACAUGGAGUUCGGUUUGCCGGGGAAUAUGCGAAACGCUAUCCUAGUAGUUGUUGUGCUUGCUGCAACUGCUGCGUUUCAAGACCUGAUCACUACCCCUAUUUCAACCAAUUCAACUAGCACCAAAUUAAACAAAAAAAACCUAAGGCUGAACGAAUUAGAUAUGAUUUACAACUCAAUCGCCUUUGGUCUUGCAAUGGGAACGUCAAUAUUUCUUUUUAUUAAUUGCGUCAUUAAUCUCACUGCCUAUCUUGAUGAUACUUCCCUGGAAGAUCAUACUAAUGAAAGGGCAAAUAAGAGGUGA